UUCCCGCCCCUUCCCGCCCCGCCGCGCGCCGCCGUGAGGGGAACGGGGCGGGCUGCGGCGGCCGCCAUGGCCUGGCGUGGGGGCAGCUGUUGGCAUCUGGCGAGCAAAUGUCUCCACACCACGGUGGGGUGUCUGAAGAAAACUGGAACUGAGCACUGGUGGCUGGAGCGGCACCUGAAAGAUCCCUUUGUCAAGGCAACGAAGCGGCAGCAUUAUCGUUGCCGAAGUGCCUUCAAAUUGCUGGAGAUCGAUGACAAGCUUCAUAUUCUUCGUCCAGGACUUGCAGUUCUUGAUUGUGGAGCAGCACCUGGUGCUUGGAGCCAGGUUGCUGUAGAGAGGGUCAAUGCCUUAGGUACCGAUCCUGCUCUUCCCACCGGCUUCGUCCUUGGCGUUGACCUCCUGCGGAUUUCUCCUCUGGAAGGAGCAGUGUUCCUGUCGGAGGCUGAUGUUGCAGACCCAGGCACGCUGAGGACGAUUCAGAGCCUGCUGCCUGCAGAGAAGGUGGAUGUUAUCCUGAGUGACAUGGCACCUAAUGCGACAGGCAUUAAAGAACUGGAUCAUCAGAAGCUGAUCAAUCUGUGUUUAGGCCUUCUGGAUCUGUCCAAAAGUAUUUUAAAGCCAAAAGGAACGAUACUGUGUAAAUUCUGGGAUGGACAUGAGUCCCGUCUUCUCCAAAACAGACUGAAGGAGCAGUUCCAAGACGUGAGAACUAUAAAGCCUCUGGCCAGCCGGAAGGACUCUGCUGAAGCUUAUUAUUUGGCAAGGCUGUACAAAGGGAAAUGAACGCUGAGAACCGCGGGUUAUCAAACAGGUGAUCAGACAUUGACGGGAAAGCGGAAUUUGGCUUGUGUUUAAAGAAAAAUCCCAUCAUUAAGACCCCUGACUUGAACCGUGACAUUGUUGAGAACAACCAGGGAAAUUCCACCACAGUUCUUUCGAAGUACAUCAUGCUUUUCAAAUACAAAAAUAAACCAGGGUGGUGUCCGACCGAGUUUAUCCACUAAUUAUACAAGUGGAGACAUCCAAUCUAGCUCCUCACCUGUGGGGAAAACAGUGGGGGGUAGAGAGGAGUAAUCUGAAAGGCAGCCUCUGGGGCUGCAGUAAUGGAAAUGAAAAUAAAACUGAUCGUAUGAGUUUUUAAUGUGUGCUUGAAAAUCAUUGCACUGCUGGUGUUGUCAUAUAUGAGACGAGACGUAAGAGUGAGAGGGAACAGCAAGGGGACUUUGAGCCAAUUUAUUGCCUCUUCACCAUUCCUAAAAGCUGGCGCAAUGUAUUAGCGCAUGUGAAAAUAGGUGACAUUUUCGUGCAUGCGGGGGGGAUCUGUGUCGCCGC